CUCUUUGAUCAUUAUCCCACUUGGCUCUUUUUCACUCAUUACAACAUUAGUAAUAAUCAAAGUCUUUUACCUUUUUUUUUCCUCAACAAAAGCGAAACACACAGAGUCAUCAAAACGUAGAUAUUUUUUUAUUAAUAAUAAUUUUAAAAGGACGAUAAUAUCAUAAACUCAAAGAUGUCUAGGCGAAGACAGGUCUCUUCUGAUAUCUUGGCAGAACUUCCUGAACUUGAGGAAGGACAACGCUUCGCAAGAGUUACUAAUGCACGUGGAAAUAAUAUUCAUGAGGUUCAGUAUCAGGAUGGUCAAGGAUUGCUAGUCAAUUUGCCACCGAAAUUCAGGAAUCUUGUCUGGGUGAAGCGAGGAAGCUAUGUUAUCAUUCAACCCGCAGAUGAGGAAGACAAGACUAAAGUCGCUGGUGAUAUUGUAGCUGUUCUCUUCCCAGAUCAUAUCAAACAGUACAAACAGAAGGGUAUCUGGCCAUUUGAGGAUCAGCUUCCCUCCAAUGCUGUCGAGGGAGAUCCAAAUGGCAACGAAAGUGGCAGUGAAAGUGACAAGGACAAUGACCUCUUUGUGAACAACAACAGAGUUGUCCUUGAAGAAACUGACAGUGAUACCGAUAGUGACAGUGAUGAUGAACAUUAUGUGAGCACCAGGGUCAUCGUCGAUGAUUCUGACAGUGAUACUGAUAGCGAGGAGGAGGAGUUUAGAAGAAGAACAAAGUAGCCCGCCUCUGCAUUAACAUUACCCAUAUUCCGUAUAAGCUCUAUGACAUCUGUUCCUUUACCUACUUGAGUCGAUACCAGACUGAUAUAAUCUUUACAAUCAAAAAAAUAAAAUAAAAUAAAGAGUACAAAUAUAUAUCCAG